AUUGUUAGUUUCCCAUCUCAUAAAAAGUGAUCAAUGAUCGUUAUUGACGUUUCUAACCUGAAUUUGACAUUUGACGUAAAAAUCUGAAUAUUGCAAAAGGGGUGUUUCCUUAAUUCAACAACACCUAUAAAUUUAUUAAAACUCUGAUAAAAUAGUUUCUUUUUUUUGGUGAAAAUAUGGAUGCCUUUGGGGAUAAUUUUGUUGAGCCAGCAGAAGUUGAUCCAGCGGCAGAAUUUUUAGCUCGAGAACAAAAUGAACUUGCUGGACUCGAGGUUGAAAUUCCUCCAAUGACAAAUGUUGCUCCUAUUUCCAUUGACGAUGAGCCAGAAUUGGAUUUAGAGCCGGAACCAGAACCAGAAGUGCCAGCGCCGCCACCACCAGUAAAAGAAGAACCGGAGAAGAUCAAGAAAUGGAGAGAAGAGCAAAAAGCAAGAUUAGAAGAGAAAGACGCCGAAGAGGAGAAAAAGAAGCAAGAAUGGAAGGAAGUCGCGAAGAAGGAAUUGGAAGAAUGGUAUAAACAUCAUGUUGAGACCAUUAGUAAAACCAAAGCUACCAACAGGGAGUCAGCCAAAAAUGCAGAGAAACAAUUUGUGGCGGAAGCUGAUGAAGUUGAACCAGGAACCGAGUGGGAGAGAAUCGCAAAAUUGUGCGACUUCAAUCCAAAAUCAGCAAGAACAUCAAAAGACGUUUCUAGAAUGCGCUCCAUUAUUUUGCAGCUUAAGCAGAAUCCACCAUCUGCCAUUAAUUGUUGAUCCCGAAAUUGUACUCUUUUUCCAAUUCAGAUUAUUUAAAGCAAAAGAAGAAAAAUGCAAUCUAGUAUGUUGGAACAAAAUAUUUGCGAUUGGCUAGAAAACAAAGGGGGAAAUGAGUCUGUCGUUGGAAGAAAAUUUUUUUCGACAAUUCCUAUUGGCAAAUAUCAAUGUUACGAAAGAGAUGUCACUAAAAUAUGAUAUAUCAUUAAAUAUGGGUAAUUCCCUUUCAUCCAUAAAAAUAGUUGUACAUCAAACUCGUAAUCUUGUUAAAAGAAUUUAUUGUACAAUCGGGAGAUUAGAAAACUUUAUUUUAAUUUUCAUUUAGAAUGACAAGGUUUUUUUUUUUUAAAAAAAGUAGGUUUACAUGUAUUGCUAAUUAAAAGGAGCGUCACUCAAUAGCGUUUUCAAUUAUCAAUUAUAAAUAUAUCAAAUUGUAUUUGGAAAAAAAAUUGUCUUGUUAUUAUUGCAUUCCAUGAAUUAUUGUUUAGAUUUUCGAGAGUAGACUAUUUAUUUUCCUAUUAUUCUUUAUCUUGGAAACGUCUCUCGAAUCUACGUGUAUAUUAUUGUAGAAGUUGAUUCUGUCCGUUAAUUAACAAUAAAUAAUUUAAUGGAAAAUGAA